AUGAGCACGACUUUGCACAUUUUCAUCUUUGCCGCGAUUAUGCUGUUCAUCAUUUCUGAAGGUGCUGGUGAUAAACCACCUAAAAAAAAGAGCCACCAAAAGACCCCCCGUCCGAAAGAUGAAUAUCAAAUUUUCAACAAGUUGUGCAUUGAAGAACACAAUAAAUACAGAAAGAGACAUCAUGUUCCACCUUUGAAGAGCGACUCAACGCUGUACCUGAAGGCUCGAGCCUGGGCAAACCGUCUUGCAAGAACAGGUGACGUUCGACAUGAAACGCUCAGAGGCAUAGGAGAAAAUAUAUAUUGGAUGACCUUAGCCCAGCAGCCAUAUUCUCAGUAUGCUGCAGAGGCAGUACAACUCUGGUAUGAUGAAAAUAAAUUGUACGAUUACCAAAGGGGUGGUUUUUCCCCAAGUACAGCUCACUACACACAGUUGGUGUGGAAAUCAACAACCCAUGUUGGAUGUGGCUACGCCGUGUCCAGGUCCCAAACAUGUUUUGUCGUUUGCAAGUACUCUCCCCAAGGAAACAUCCCUGAUGAAUACCAGAGGAACGUCCUCCGGCCUUGA